AUGGCGGCUUCGGAUGUGGGGCCUGCCGUGGCUUCUGCUCGCUUCGGCGCUGUGCCUCCGUGCCUGAUCCCACGGAUUCGUGGCGGCAGAGCCGCCGCCCUGGCGGCGCGGCCCUUGCCGCCCAUCACGGCGGAGAUGCGGCGAGCGAUCGCCACUUUGAAGGAUGCAGGCGCCUCGCGGGAUGUGUUCUACGAUGUCGUGGAUCCUGAGCUGGCCAGUCGGGAAGAGCAGGUAGACUACUUCAAUGCUGCCGGGGCGAACAACAACGGUUGGCAGCUGGAGUCGCCAGGCCCGAAAUCGGGGCUCGGCUGUUGUCUUCCUUGCCGCUGA